AUGGAUAACAUACCUGUGAUUCUGGUGGAUAAUUUGCUGACAUUGGAGAAUACAUCCGAGUAUUUGGAGAAGACCAUCUAUGAGUUUGGUUGCACACCAGUGACUUGUGAGGGUAGCUUCUGUUGCAGCCCGGGUAAGUACAUUGAUGAUGCGGACACAAAUCCAUCAUUCAAACAUGGUGGUUCUAGUGAGCACUCUAGUGAUUUUAGUGGGUAUGGCCUAUAUGAAGAUGAAGAUGGAACAUAUGAAGGUGAGGAUGGCACAUAUGAAGGAGCAGACCCAAAUUCUUCAGUUAGACCUAGUGGUUCUAGUGGGAACUCCGGUGAUGUUGGUGAAUAUGUCACAUACGAAGGAGACCCAAAUUCAUUAGCCAGGCCUAGUGGUUCGAAUGGAAACUUAGGUGAUGUUGGUGAAUAUGUCGCAUACGAAGGAGACCCAAAUUCAUCAGCCAGACCUAGUGGUUCGAAUGGGAACUUAGGUGAUGUUGGUGAAUAUGUCGCAUAUGAAGGAGACCCGAAUUCAUCAUUCGAACCUGGUGGUUCUAGUGGGAACUCCGGUGAUGAAGGAGAACCAAAUUCAUCAGUUAGACCAGGUGGUUCGAAUGGGAACUUCGGUGAUGUUGGUGAAUAUGUCACAUAUGAAGGAGACCCAAAUUCAUCAGUCAGACCUGGUGGUUCUGGUGGAAACUUCAGUGAUGUUGGUGAAUAUGUCACAUAUGAAGGAGACCCUAAUUCAUCAAUCAUACCUGGUGGUUCUAGUGGGAACUUUGGUGAUGUUGGUGAAUAUGUCACAUACGAAGUAGACCCAAAUUCAGUCAAACCUGGUUGUUUUAGUAGGAACUCCCGUGAUGUUGGUGGAGACCCAAAUUCAUCAGUUAGAUUUGGUGCUUCUAGUGGGCACUCCGGUGAUGUUGGCAAAUAUAGUGAGCAUGGCACAAAAGAAGGAGAAUAUGGAUAG